GCACUAGUUUGCGUCGAGAAGAGUGGUGUUGAGUGUCGCGCAAGGCCAUAUAUAGGGUGUCGCGGCGUUUGAGAAAUCUUUGAGUUGAGGCGUCAUAAGUUGCGGAGAUGCAGAUCUUUGUGAAGACUCUCACUGGCAAGACCAUCACACUUGAAGUUGAGCCUUCAGAUACAAUUGAAAAUGUGAAGGCCAAGAUCCAGGACAAGGAGGGCAUCCCUCCCGAUCAGCAGCGUCUGAUCUUCGCCGGAAAGCAGCUGGAAGAUGGUCGGACCCUCUCGGACUACAACAUCCAGAAAGAGUCUACCCUUCACCUGGUUCUCCGGCUGCGUGGUGGUAUGCAGAUCUUCGUGAAGACGCUGACCGGGAAGACCAUCACGCUCGAGGUCGAGCCCUCCGACUCGAUCGAGAACGUCAAGGCCAAAAUCCAGGACAAGGAGGGCAUCCCUCCCGAUCAGCAGCGUCUUAUCUUCGCCGGAAAGCAGUUGGAAGAUGGUCGUACCCUCUCCGACUACAAUAUUCAGAAGGAAUCUACCCUUCACCUGGUUCUCCGGCUACGUGGUGGUAUGCAGAUCUUCGUGAAGACGCUGACCGGGAAGACCAUCACGCUCGAGGUCGAGCCCUCCGACUCGAUCGAGAACGUCAAGGCCAAGAUCCAGGACAAGGAGGGCAUCCCUCCGGAUCAGCAGCGUCUGAUCUUCGCCGGAAAGCAGCUGGAAGAUGGUCGGACUCUCUCGGACUACAACAUCCAGAAGGAGUCUACCCUUCACCUGGUUCUCCGGCUGCGUGGUGGUAUGCAGAUCUUCGUGAAGACGCUGACCGGGAAAACCAUCACGCUCGAGGUCGAGCCCUCCGACUCAAUCGAGAACGUCAAGGCCAAGAUCCAGGACAAGGAGGGCAUCCCUCCCGAUCAGCAGCGUCUGAUCUUCGCCGGAAAGCAGCUGGAGGAUGGUCGGACCCUCUCGGACUACAACAUCCAGAAGGAGUCUACCCUUCACCUGGUCCUCCGGCUGCGUGGUGGUAUGCAGAUCUUCGUGAAGACGCUGACUGGCAAGACCAUCACACUCGAGGUCGAGCCCUCUGACUCGAUCGAGAACGUCAAGGCCAAGAUCCAGGACAAGGAGGGCAUCCCUCCCGAUCAGCAGCGUCUGAUCUUCGCCGGAAAGCAGCUGGAGGAUGGUCGGACCCUCUCGGACUACAACAUCCAGAAGGAGUCUACCCUUCACCUGGUCCUCCGGCUGCGUGGUGGUAUGCAGAUCUUCGUGAAGACGCUGACUGGCAAGACCAUCACACUCGAGGUCGAGCCCUCUGACUCGAUCGAGAACGUCAAGGCCAAGAUCCAGGACAAGGAGGGCAUCCCUCCCGAUCAGCAGCGUCUGAUCUUCGCCGGAAAGCAGCUGGAGGAUGGUCGGACCCUCUCUGACUACAACAUCCAGAAGGAGUCUACCCUUCACCUGGUCCUCCGGCUGCGUGGUGGUAUGCAGAUCUUCGUGAAGACGCUGACCGGGAAGACCAUCACGCUCGAGGUCGAGCCCUCCGACUCGAUCGAGAACGUCAAGGCCAAGAUCCAGGACAAGGAGGGCAUCCCUCCCGAUCAGCAGCGUCUGAUCUUCGCCGGAAAGCAGUUGGAAGAUGGUCGGACCCUCUCGGACUACAACAUCCAGAAGGAGUCUACCCUUCACCUGGUUCUCCGGCUGCGUGGUGGUAUGCAGAUCUUCGUGAAGACGCUGACUGGCAAGACCAUCACGCUCGAGGUCGAGCCCUCCGACUCGAUCGAGAACGUCAAGGCCAAGAUCCAGGACAAGGAGGGCAUCCCUCCCGAUCAGCAGCGUCUGAUCUUCGCCGGAAAGCAGUUGGAAGAUGGUCGGACCCUCUCGGACUACAACAUCCAGAAGGAGUCUACCCUUCACCUGGUUCUCCGGCUGCGUGGUGGUAUGCAGAUCUUCGUGAAGACCCUGACCGGCAAGACCAUUACACUCGAGGUCGAGCCCUCUGACUCGAUCGAGAACGUUAAGGCCAAGAUCCAGGACAAGGAGGGCAUCCCUCCCGAUCAGCAGCGUCUGAUCUUCGCUGGAAAGCAGCUGGAGGAUGGUCGGACCCUCUCGGACUACAACAUCCAGAAGGAGUCUACCCUUCACCUGGUUCUCCGGCUACGUGGUGGUAUGCAGAUCUUCGUGAAGACGCUGACCGGGAAGACCAUCACGCUCGAGGUCGAGCCCUCCGACUCGAUCGAGAACGUCAAGGCCAAGAUCCAGGACAAGGAGGGCAUCCCUCCGGAUCAGCAGCGUCUGAUCUUCGCCGGAAAGCAGCUGGAAGAUGGUCGGACGCUCUCGGACUACAACAUUCAGAAAGAGUCUACCCUUCACCUGGUUCUCCGGCUGCGUGGUGGUAUGCAGAUCUUCGUGAAGACGCUGACUGGCAAGACCAUCACACUCGAGGUCGAGCCCUCCGACUCGAUCGAGAACGUCAAGGCCAAGAUCCAGGACAAGGAGGGCAUCCCUCCCGAUCAGCAGCGUCUGAUCUUCGCCGGAAAGCAGCUGGAAGAUGGUCGGACCCUCUCGGACUACAACAUCCAGAAGGAGUCUACCCUUCACCUGGUUCUCCGGCUGCGUGGUGGUAUGCAGAUCUUCGUGAAGACGCUGACUGGCAAGACCAUCACGCUCGAGGUCGAGCCCUCCGACUCGAUCGAGAACGUCAAGGCCAAGAUCCAGGACAAGGAGGGCAUCCCUCCCGAUCAGCAGCGUCUGAUCUUCGCCGGAAAGCAGCUGGAGGAUGGUCGGACCCUCUCUGACUACAACAUCCAGAAGGAGUCUACCCUUCACCUGGUCCUCCGGCUGCGUGGUGGUAUGCAGAUCUUCGUGAAGACGCUGACCGGGAAGACCAUCACGCUCGAGGUCGAGCCCUCUGACUCGAUCGAGAACGUCAAGGCCAAGAUCCAGGACAAGGAGGGCAUCCCUCCCGAUCAGCAGCGUCUGAUCUUCGCCGGAAAGCAGCUGGAGGAUGGUCGGACCCUCUCGGACUACAACAUCCAGAAGGAGUCUACCCUUCAUCUGGUUCUCCGGCUGCGUGGUGGAAUGUGAUAUGUUUUGUUCUGUGAUGCUAAAUAAACACAUGCUUCUGUAAAUGUUUUUAUCCGUUUCAUGGAUAUCCGGUACCAUACAAAUCCAUUAAGUUUCGAAAUACACACACCAGGUCAA